AUGAGUAAAGCAUUAUAUAGAAGUCAGUUAAAAACCGUCAUCAAUGCAAUUACCAAAUACUAUCCGGCCAAUUAUGCAGAUCAUGCAUGGGAUAAUACUGGUCUAUUGAUAGAUUGUUCCAUACCAGAUGAACCAUCGUCCGCCCAAAACAUUCCUUCCAUGAUAAAAGUGUUAUUGACUGUGGAUCUAACUAGUUUGGUAGCUCAAGAGGCCAUUGCUAAAGGUUGUAAUAUGAUCUUGGCGUAUCAUCCAUUUAUUUUCCCCAGUUGGAAAAGUUUAAACCCAGCGAAAAAUAUUCAACAAGGUAAUGCUAUUAAAUUGAUUCAAAAUGGAAUUUCUGUUUAUUGUCCACAUACUGCCGUCGAUGCUGCUAAAGGUGGUGUUAAUGAUUGGCUAGUUCAAGGAAUUAUUGGUGGGAAGACUGAGGCUCUCAUUGAAUCAAGUGUUUCCAUUGAACAGUUGGAUUCUAAGGUCGCUCAAUUGAAUGGUAAUGAAAGUGAUGAAGUUGGAUAUGGAAGAUUCGUUACAUUGAAGGAAUAUAUGACACUAGAUGAUAUAAUAAAGAAUGUUAAAAAAUCGUUAGGAAUACCAUACGUUCAAGUUAGUUCAAUGAAUGAAGAUCUGACUCAACAUAAGAUUAAGACUAUAGCCUUAUGUGCAGGUAGUGGAUCUGGAGUGUUUAAAGGGUUAGGAAGUGAACAAGAAGUUGAUUUGUAUUAUACUGGAGAGUUAUCUCACCAUGAAAUAUUGAAAUAUAAAGAACAGGGUAAAGCAGUCAUUGUUUGUAAUCAUUCUAACACAGAAAGAGGUUAUUUGAAGGAAAUUAUGAGCAAUUUAUUAAAGGAAAAAGUGGAAUGUACCAUUAGUGAAACUGAUGCUGAUCCUUUAAGAGUGGUAUAG